AUGUCUGACAAUGAGCACGACCCAAUGAGGCAGGCGCAUCCAAAGGAUCUAGAUGGCAAAGAAUUGCAUAAUAUGACAGCGACUCUGAAAGAAAGUAAAGCGUCACCACCGAAUGCUGAACAUGAUAUGGCAACACUAUCAGAAAAAGGAAAAGCAGCUCAUGAGAUGAAUGCGACUGGCAGUAACCAUCUCAACAACAGCAAUGAUACUGACAAUAAAACUAUCAAUAAGAGUGAUAACAGUCACCAUGAGGUCGAUAGUAAUAAGACCAAUGAUAGCGCUAAUUACAAUGAUAAUAAUGCUAGCAGCGAUAACAAACACCGAAAUGAAACCGGUGUGCCUCAUGCUCCGAUUGCACCAACAGGUUCAACAGCACCGGCACCGAGCAAGCGGACAGCUGCCACAGUUUUGUACGUUUUGAUGUGCAUCAACUGGAUUCCUUCUCGGUUGCUUAUGGAUGUGUUCUGA